CGAUGACUUUCAAUCAACCCUUUAGGGCAUUUCGGCAACUUCUCCGAUGGAGUGAACAUCUACAACUUUCUACAACUAGGAUAAUAGCAACAUGCUAUUCAAUCCGAACCAUAAUAAAUCAUUCCAAAAUACAAUGGCUCAUCUUCUAAUUUCACGGAGGCUCACUCGCCAAUGCAUUUACUCAAUCGGAAAGAAUUCCGGUCCUCCUAAUCACCAAAUUCGGGGAAUGCGAAUCUUAGAAACACCCAGCACAAAUAAGACGCCAUCGCGCAAAGCCCAAUUAUCACUUCCCGCAGCAUAUUACCGCGGCGGCACAUCACGCGCGAUAUUCUUCGAGCGCGAUGUCUUGCCGCAGGAUAAAUCACAAUGGGAUUCCAUAUUCCUCGGCGCAAUUGGCAGUCCAGACCCUUAUGGCCGACAGCUCGACGGAAUGGGUGGCGGGAUCUCUAGCUUGUCUAAAGUGUGCAUAGUCGGGCCCUCGCCGGAAUCUGAUACUGAGGCGGAUGUUGAUUAUACGUUUGUGUCGUUGGGUAUCAAGGAACCGUCGAUAGACUACUCCAGUAACUGCGGUAACAUGUCUUCAGCCGUCGGACCUUUCGCCGUGGACUCCGGACUUGUUCCGAUACCCGCAGAUGCAACGGAAGCUACGGUGCGCAUUCGAAACACUAAUACUGGAAAGCUGAUUAACGCUACGUUUCCGGUUGUCGGUGGUGAAGCGGCUGCAGAUGGAGAUUAUAGUAUUGACGGCGUAGCUGGGACCGCAGCGCGUGUGCGGUUGGAUUUUAUUAAGCCCGGUGGUUCGCGGACUGGGAAAUUACUGCCGACGGGGGAUCCGACGGAUCGUGUUGCUGGUGUACGGGCUACGCUGAUUGAUGCGGGGAACCCGUGUGUUUUUGUCGCGGCAGCGGAUUUGGGUGUUGAUGGGACGCUGAGCUCACAGCAGAUCGAUGAGAAUACUGCGCUAAAAGAGAAACUAGAGACGAUUCGUCGAGAGGCGGCUGUUAGAAUGGGGCUCUCGAAAACGGUAGAUGAUGUGCCCGGCAGCGUGCCGAAGAUCGGAUUCGUGUCUAGGCCGAACGAUGUGAGCGUGGGGAAUGUGGUUGUAAGGGCUAUGUCGGUUGGCCAGCCACAUAAGGCGAUACCAGUUACCGUUGCGCUGGCUGUGGCCGCGGCGUCGAAGAUACCGGGGACAACGGUUGAGGAGUGUGUGGUUAAGUCUGAGAGUGGUGAUCAGCAGGGGAUAGAUAUCAACCACGCUAGUGGGAAGUUGAAUGUAGAUGCUGUGUACGAUUCUGAGGGGCAAUUGGAGGCCGCGACGGUAUUUCGGACGGCAAGGAGAUUGAUGGAGGGGAGGGUAUUUUGGAAAUGAAUGUAUAUAAAUGUAUAAAGAUGCAUAUAACUAGCACAAGGCAUCGAGCUACUUUCCAACCACCACGAAGAUAUCGUAGUCUCGUUGCUCCAAGUCAUAUUAAAAGUUUGUCCACUAAUUAAUGUGCAC